AUGCCUUCCGCAGACAAGAAACCCCAGACUCUGUACGACAAGGUAUUUGAGAGCCAUGUCGUCAGCGCAGAGAAGGAUGGCACAGUGCUCCUCUACAUCGACCGCCACCUCGUUCACGAAGUGACCUCCCCACAAGCCUUCGAAGGCCUCGAGAACGCCUCCCGAAAGGUUCGCCGACCCGACUGUACACUCGCCACCACCGACCACAAUGUCCCCACCUCCUCCCGCAAGAACAUCAAAUCCGUCGCCGAGUUCGUCAAAGAGGAAGACUCACGUCUGCAAUGCGUCACCCUGGAAGAAAACGUCAAGAAAUUCGGCCUCACGUAUUUCGGGUUGGGCGACAAGAACCAGGGAAUUGUCCAUGUCAUUGGGCCUGAGCAGGGCUUUACUCUGCCUGGUACGACCGUGGUUUGUGGCGACAGUCACACGAGCACGCAUGGCGCGUUUGGCGCGUUGGCGUUCGGGAUUGGGACGAGUGAGGUUGAGCAUGUGCUUGCGACGCAGUGUUUGAUUACGAAGCGGAGUAAGAAUAUGCGGGUGCAGGUGGAUGGGAAGCUGGCGCCGGGCGUGUCCUCGAAAGAUAUUAUAUUGCACGUCAUUGGGGUCAUUGGGACAGCGGGUGGCACGGGUGCAGUGAUCGAAUUCUGUGGGAGUGCCAUUCGAGGAUUGAGUAUGGAGGCGAGGAUGAGUAUUUGCAACAUGAGUAUCGAGGGUGGCGCAAGAGCUGGAAUGAUUGCGCCGGAUCAAAUCACUUUCGACUAUCUCAAGGGCAGGCCGCUUGCGCCUAAGCCGGACAGUAAUGAGUGGAAGAAGGCGACGAAUUAUUGGUUGAGUUUGAGAUCGGACGAUGGGGCGAAGUAUGACAAGGAAGUCUUUAUUGAUGCGAAGGAUAUUGCACCGACGGUCAGCUGGGGUACGUCGCCGCAGGACGUGGUAGCGAUUACUGGUGUGGUGCCCAGUCCGGAUGACUUCAGCGACAAGGACAAGAAGGCGAGUUGUGUGCGGGCUCUGGAGUACAUGGGACUGAAGGCUGGGACGAAGAUGGAGGAUAUUGAGCUCGACAAGAUCUUCAUUGGUUCGUGUACGAACUCGCGCAUCGAGGAUCUGAGGGCCGCAGCGAAGAUCGUGGAGGGCAAGAAGAUUGCUUCCAGUCUCAAGCGAGCGAUGGUUGUGCCAGGUUCUGGUAAUGUCAAGAACCAGGCUGAGCGGGAGGGGCUGGACCAGGUAUUCAUCAAUGCUGGCUUCGAAUGGCGAGAGGCCGGAUGCAGUAUGUGCUUGGGCAUGAACCCAGACAUUCUCUCGCCACGGGAACGCUGCGCGAGUACCUCAAAUCGAAAUUUCGAGGGUCGGCAAGGUGCUCUAGGACGGACGCACUUGAUGUCACCUGUCAUGGCGGCUGCAGCUUCGUUGACGGGCAAGUUGACGGACGUGAGGAAACUGGUCGACAAUGCUACACCACAGAAAGCUUCACCGAAGCUGGACGUACAGCCCGAGUUUGCCGAAGUCGAUUCCGAGGAAGAGCUUGACCGAAUCCUGGAUAUCCCAACAACAGAAAGCGCCGGACACACAAACAAGAAUCCAGAACCGACCGAGUCUGGCGGCAUGCCCAAGUUCACAGUCUUCCGAGGUAUCGCGGCGCCUCUCGAGAAAGCCAACGUUGACACCGACGCCAUCAUACCCAAACAGUUUCUCAAAACUAUCAAGCGGACUGGCCUUGGCACCGCCCUCUUUCACCCUCUCCGAUACAACGAAGACGGCUCCGAUAACACGUCAUUCAUCCUCAACCAAGAUCCCUACCGAAAAGCUAAGCUCCUGGUCGUGACAGGCCGCAACUUUGGCUGCGGAUCAUCACGCGAGCACGCCCCAUGGGCGUUGCUUGACUUCGGCAUAAAAUGUGUCAUCGCACCCAGCUACGCGGACAUUUUCUUCAAUAACUGCUUCAAGAACGGCAUGCUCCCCAUCGCUAUCCCGGACGACCAAGCCACCAUAGAGAAGAUCGCAGACCGGGCAAGAGCAGGCGAGGAGAUCGAAGUCGACCUACCUGGUCAAGUCAUCAAAGCCGCCGACGGAACAGAACUGGCCAAGUUCGAUGUCGAGGAGUUCCGGAAACACUGUUUGGUGGAGGGCUUGGACGAUAUCGGCUUGACGAUGCAGCAGGAGGCACAGAUUACCGAGUUUGAGAGGAAACGGACGAUGGACACGCCGUGGUUGGAUGGUAGUGGGUAUCUGAAGAAGUGGCGAAAGGGCGAGGCCACCAAGGUCGAGGCGGCGCCGGUGCCGAAGACGAACCGCGGGGAGGUCAAGACUGAUCCUGUUGAGUGGUAA